GAGCGGACUGUGUGACGCAUAGCAUUUCCAGUCAAGACUGCCCUUCUAAUCCGAGGAAAUGCACGGUAGCAAUACUUCGCCAAUCUCACAUUUUUUAAAAACUUUUUUAUAUAUAUUUUUUUAGCCCAAUUGAGGAUGACGAACAGUUUCUGGGAGAGUAAGAAAGGACCAUGUUGGAUCGCCAUAAGUAGAGUGUGUUUGGUGAAGUGAGAAGUACUGCUUUAGCGCCCCCUUCAGCGGCCAUGAGGAAAUGUGAGCUCUACGCUUAUGUGUUGCUGGUUCUAAUCAGCCAGUCAAAUACAAUACUGAAUGUUGCAAGUGAGACUGUGAAGAAAAAUUGUCUUGAUAUUGAAUACUGGAAUGAGAAGGGAUUCUGCUGUGAUAAAUGUCAUCCAGGGUAUAAAUUGAAAGCGGAAUGCCCUGAACGAAAAACGAGGUCUGAAUGUGAGAAAUGUGAGCCCGGAACCUUUCUAGACCGCUUAAACUACAAUGACAACUGCUUCAGAUGCAAGGAGUGCAACAAACCCCAUUCUUAUGAGACAUCCCCAUGUACAUCCACAAGCAAUCGGGUGUGUGAGUGUGAGCCUGGAUACUACUAUAAGAAACUAGACCACUCGUCAUAUGAAUGUAAGGAGUGUAAGAAGUGUGGAUCUGGGCAGCAUGAAACUGUGAAAUGUAAUGGCGAACAGAAUACAAAGUGUGAAUGCAAUAAAAACCAUUACCCUGUCAAGGGCAAAAACACCUGUGAGCCGUGUGAUAAAUGUCAGGAGGGGUGUCCAGACUUUUGCAUAUCCAGCACACCUCAUAACCCUGUUAAGUCCGCCAGACCAACUAGUCCUCCAGACACUUUACCACAAAUUCUGGUCCCCGUUUGUGCAUGUAUCACGGUUCUAGCACUGGGAGUGUUCAUGUUAUACGAGGGCAUCAGACUUUGGAAGAAAAAGAGGCAAGCUUUGUCAUCGCAGAACUCAUCACCUGCUCCCGAAGAUCAGACCUUCAUUAUUAAAGUGGAACCAGACACAAUAUGUGAGAGUGUUUCUUUCACAAACCAGCCUGAGACAGAACAAAGUGGAAAACUCCCAGACUGCGUCCCAAGGGAGAUCAAAAUUCACGAAUUCUUCUAUUUUGUGCUGGACGAGAUGCCUAUUGGACGAUUUAAAGAACUUGUACGUCGUCUUGGUGUUUCUGAGCAGAACAUUGACAGGGCAGAACAAGACCACCGGAACUGCAAAGAUGCCCACUACCAGAUGCUGAAGGUUUGGAGUGACAGUGGCAGUGGAGGAGGGAGCAAUGUUUUGCCUUUUCACCGCGUCCAGAUGUUCGUAGACACUCUGAAGGACAUGUGUUUGAUUAACUGUGCAGACAACAUCGAGAACAUGUUCCUUUCACAGAACACAAGUGCUUCACACUGAGGCUGUUGGAAGAGAAUGGAGAAGAGGGCAUUAAUAGAGAACUUAAACUUUCACCAAUUUCCAUUGGAUUCCUUUAAGAGUGGAAGUGGGUCUACAGCUGAAUUCUCGUCAUUUUAUUUUGUCGUAUUUCCAGUUGUUUGAAGUUGAUUUCACACUAAUU